GAGUGUCGAUCGAUCGAGUAGCCAACGACCCUUGAAACUAAAGUAGCCAUGGGUAGUACUGGUAGCCCCUCGGUAGCCGCUCUACCAACAAGCGGCCUGCUACCCCCGAUACGCACGCCAAGGUCAGCGCCGGCCGAAUGGAAGACGGACGACGAUUCCGCGGUGGCGGCAGCGGAGGAGGAGCCAGUGACCCCUAGUGCAAGACUCUUCGAAGCUAUAUACAUCGUGGUUAUGGUCGGCCUUGGCUCGCCCGUCAACCUAGCCAUCUUCAGCGCCGGCAUCGCAGCCCAACUUGCUCGUUACCCACGCUUCCGUAGCAUUCAAGUGACAGACGGGUGCAAGAGCCCGCGGUGGGCGUGCACGGAGGUGAACGUCGACGACCACAUGAUCGUCCCGACGCUGGACCCCGCCGCCGUGGAGGCUGACCCGGACCGGGCCGUGGAGGACUACGUGGCCUCGCUGCAGGCGCUCCCCAUGGAUUGCUCCCGCCCGCUCUGGGAGUUCCACUUCCUCGACUUCCCGACCUCAGAGGCCACCUCCACCGUGGUGUUCCGCGUCCACCACUCCCUCGGUGACGGGAUGUCGCUGAUCACGCUCCUCCUGGCGUCUGCCCGCAGCGCCGCGGACCCGACACGCCUGCCGGCCAUGCCGGAGCAGCCGGCGCGCACGGGCGCCAUCUACGAGCCGCGGCACCGGCAGCCGCUGCCCUCGGGCGCCCUGGCGGCGUUCGUCGCAUGGGUCUGGCCGUAUCUUGCGCUUGCAUGGAACACCGUGGUGGACGUCAUCUUCUUUGCUGCGACGAUUGUGUUUCUGAGAGACCCGAACACACUCUUCAGACGCGGGGACAGUCAAGUUACGUUGAACCCCCGCAGGCGCUUCGUGCACCGGAGCUUUAGCUUGGACGACGUCAAGUUCAUCAAGAAUGCCAUGAACUGCACUGUUAAUGAUGUGCUAGUCGGAGUCACUUCUGCUGCUCUAUCACAAUAUUACUUUCGUAAGUCUGGUUACCCUAAGACACACAAACUAUGUUUGCGAUGUGUCCUCCCUGUAAAUACAAGGCCAACAUCUAGCCUACAAACAUAUGUUAAUAUGAUAGAAUCGGGUAAAAGUAAUGACGUGGCAUGGGGAAAUCAAAUAGGCUACAUCCUCCUACCAUUUCAUUUAGCGGUACACGAUGAUCCACUUGCAUAUGUUCGGAUGGCAAAGAAGACCCUGGAUAGAAAAAAGAGCUCACUUGAAGUUAUCUUCACGUGUAUGAUUAGCGAGCUUUUUGUUAAAAUGUUUGGUCUAAAGGCAGGUGCUUUUAUCAUCGGUCGUAUGCUCACAAAUACAACUACUACGCUCUCGAACAUGGUUGGACCAACAGAGCAAGUAGAGUUCUAUGGACACCCAUUUGUCUUCAUUGCACCUACAGUUUAUGGUAUUCCACAAGCUUUAAUUGUACACUAUCAGAGUUACAAUAGCACUAUUAAGGUAAUUUUGUCAGUCGAUGAGGAAAUAAUUCCAAAUUAUACUCAACUUCUGGAUGACUUUGUUGAGUCUUUCGGGCACAUUAAGGAUGCGGCUUCAAGGCUUUCAACACAUGUCAAGAAAGGAUAAUCAACAUACAAAUGCAUUAGCGUGCUUUCUGAAACUGCAUAAUGCAAGCAGUAUAUUCCCACAUGUUUGAUGUGUGUCUCAUGGCUCACACGGCAAUAGUAAUUAAAAUCAGAAACUCUACAACCAUGGAUGGAAGUCAAAUGUAUUAAGUUCACUAUUAUUGUUGGAUAAUGAUGUGUUGCAUUAUAUGAAGCACAAUAGUUAUACCAUUAUUGUGUAUAAUGCACACUAUUAGAAAUUUGUUGAUGAUUGGAGGUCCCGAA